UGAGUUAUCAUGUCUGUCUGUGUCUGUCUGGUGAACAGCUGAGUGUCCUGUCCGGGACGCUGCUGGUGUUCCUGCUGUCAGCUGGCAGCAGUUCGGCCGUGGUGGACGUGAACUGGCUGACUGGUAUUGUGAAUGCCAUCAGGACAGAGUACAGAAUAAACGGACAGUUCUGUUUGGCUGCAAACAUCCCGCUGAAGUCCAACCCAAACAGAUUCAUUCAGAACGACCGCUACAGAGAAAAUGUUGAAGACACGCUCUCAGAUGGUGAUGUGUACGUGGGAAGCAGUGUGGUUGUAGCCAAACCUGCAGGACCUGAACACGCAGAACAUCGAGUUCUGAAAAACCUGCAACAAUUGAUCAGAAACCGCCAGAAAGGCUUCCUUCUCAUCUACUCUUACCUCUCCCCAUGUGGAGACAAGUGCACAAAACCAAACAACCGGUUCAACAUCCUCGGAUACAUCCAGAGAAAUGUCAUUCAACACUGGACUGAUUUUGCCUUUGUGUUCACCACAGUCUUCAAUCAGCCCAAGUUUGGUGAUGCGCCGACUAAAGAGGACCUGAGAAAGUCGCUGAGAGAGCUCGGGGGGUCUGGCCUCGGCCUCAGAAACAUCUUCCGCUGUUACAGCCCCCAAAAUCUAGAGUUUCAGUGCCACAGCUGCUCGUCACAUGGCAGCGUUUCAGAGGUUUGUGUUGAAAACAACGCUCUGCCUCAACAGGGAGGAAACAGCAGAAGCGGCAGCAGAAGUAGAAGCGGCAGCAGCAGUAGAAGCGGCAGCAGCAGUAGAAGCGGCAGCAGAAGUAGAAGCGGCAGUGGCAGCAGUAGAGACAACAUCAUCAGUAGAAAGAGAGCCAGAUACAGUACUCCAAGUACAAGCAGCAGUAGAAGCCGCAGUCAAAGCAGGAGAGGCAGCAGUAGAAGUGGCAGUAGAGGUCAGACGGUAUCUGCUGUGUGA